AUGGCUACACCUGAGGAUGAGGUACUGAACGAAACCAACGAGACAUUGACCAACGUAACUGGUAGAGAAGCAGCCACUCGAGAAGGCCUUAUCACUGCAUACACAUUCUUGUUCGGCAUGGCUUUAAUCCCAAUAUUCAUCGGUUCUAUAAGAUCAGUUACGUACCAUUACAAUCUUUGGAAUUGGAUCUUGAACAAUGUUAUGGGUGUGGCCUUUUGUUUUAAUGCCAUUGAAAUGAUUUCAUUGGAAAGGUUUGUUUCCUGUGUUGGAUGUUUAUUAUUAGGUGGUUUGUUUAUGUACGAUAUAUUUUGGGUUUUUGGUACUGAUGUCAUGGUAACAGUUGCUAAGUCUUUUGAUGCACCAAUCAAAUUGAUGGUACCAUUGGAUCUACCAGAAAAGGGUCUGGCUGCUUCUAAUUUUGGAAUGUUGGGUCUUGGUGAUAUUGUUAUUCCUGGUAAGUACAGGGUCUGUUUUAUUGCACUUCUAUGUCGAUUUGAUUUCAGCCAUCACCCAUCAAAAAUAAGGAGCUAUUUCUAUUUAAGCUUCAUUGCUUAUAUUAUCGGUCUUGGAACAACUAUAGCUAUAAUGCACAUCUUCAAAGCUGCACAACCUGCUCUGUUGUAUCUAGUACCAACUUGUGUUGGUACUCCAUUAUUAUUGGCAGUUGUAAGAGGAGAACUAGUACCUCUAUUCUCAUAUGAAGAUUACCCCAAGAAGAAAGAGGAAACAACAGCUAAUAGUUCCCCAGGGAGUGUUACUGAUGGUGAUGUGGUUACCAUGCCAACAACUACUAUAAAUAGUGAUUGA